AUGGGCAAGUCGAAAGGUGGAAUUGCAAAGGGAGGCAAGGGGCAAUGCCCAGAGGCGUAUCAGAGGAUGAAUUUUCUGUAUCAGGCGGCUGUCCUGAUGACUCGGACUUAUAUGGAAGAGAAACAACGAGAGAAGCGGCACGACGAAAGUAAAAUGGAUGUACAAGAGGAGAAAGAUGGCAUUGGCGAUACGGAAGAGAAAGUCGAGUCGCUUGUAUCGUUGGGAAGAUUCUACACUAACACGAUGAAAAGCAUCGGGCGAAAACAAGUUCUUAGGAGAUCCCUCGAUAAAGCGCACUCUUUGCCAAAGCCUAAUUUAAGGAUUCCCUGGGAAUUUCUAUUACUCUUUCGCUUUGUCCCAAUGACUUCCCUGUACCGAAUUAAUUAUGCGCUUCGCGCGCAUAAACGAGAUCCGUUUAUAGAAUUUAUCAAGGCAAUGUUAAUGACGCCAUUUGUUCUGUAUGCGAGGCCUUUAGAUGAAGAUGGAGGAAAUAAUCAAGUAGAUGAGAACGUUACUCGUUAUUGUGAUAUUUUAUCUAGCAUCGAAACUUUGAUAGAGUCUACGUCUAUUUACAAACUCUACUGUUUCGCAGGCAUCCCUGAUCAAUCGCGCUUAUAUCAGUUGGUACCAUCAAUCUCGACCUUUCACACUCCAUUACCCUUAAAGGAAUCUUUUCUAAGGGCAAAUGCUAAACAUUCUAUCGCUGCAAGAAGAUUUGUCCCUCCUAGUUUCAACGAUAUUCGCAGAAUAUUAAAUACCGCACAGAUCAUUGCUAUUGCAUCCGAUUUAAAACUUAUUACUUUUGAUGGUGACAUGACAUUAUAUGAAGAUGGCGCCGAUUUCGAGCACAAUUCGGCCCUAGUGCAGCUUCUUAUUAAACUCUUAGAGUUUGAUUUGUAUGUAUGUGUUGUUACGGCAGCCGGAUAUCCUGGUGAUGCAGAGCGCUAUGAACAGAGGCUGUCUGGGCUGUUAAACGGUUUUAGAAAUGCCGAGUUGUCCAAGGACGUGUGUCAGAAAUUUUUCUUGCUAGGAGGUGAAUGUAAUUAUUUAUUUCAAUGUCAGGAAGAUUAUCAUCUGAAAUAUAUACCAGAGGAACAAUAUCAACCAGAUUUCGUCAAUGCGUGGAAAGCAGAAGACAUAAAAGACUUUCUAGAUAUCGCUGAAAAUAAUCUCCAAAAGUGUGUUAACGAAAUGAAAUUACCUUGUACCUUGUUCAGGAAGAGUCGAGCUGUUGGGACAGUGACGCAUCCCGGUAAGAAAAUCUUCAGAGAGCAACUGGAUGAACUCGUGCUUUCGACUCAACACAAGUUACUCAUGUAUCUCCAAUCGCCAUCCGGAGAGAAGAAAGCGCUUCCAUUUUGCGCAUUCAAUGGUGGCGCAGAUGUAUGGGUUGACGUCGGGAAUAAGUUGAUCGGCGUGCAAAUGUUGCAGCAAUACUUCAAUACUUUACCAAAUGAAACUCUUCAUAUUGGCGAUCAGUUUCUGUCAACGGGAAAUGAUUAUGCAACGCGCAGACAAUGUUGUACUCUAUGGAUUAUCAAUCCCGAAGAGACACAGGACGUUUUGAUAGAAUUGAACGCAUUGCUAGAAGCGAAAUUUGAAUUUCAGUCUUGA